CUGCUGCUUGAUUCAUAAUCAGCUGUCAGUGUUAACAUGUAGCUGUGUCAGAGGCACGCAGAGACACGGGUGAACAUGUCAGGUACUCGGACUAAGUUUAAAUACAACUGCUGGGACUUCCUCUUCACUUGUGUGGGCCUGCCGCUGUUCCUGCUUGACGUUGUUUUGGAUGUACUGGCUGCUGUGUCCUUCUAUAAGGAAAGGGCCUACGUGUACCUCGGUGUGCUGGUGCUGUUUCUCGUGGGCUCGUCACUGCUCACUCAGGCUUACAGCUGGCUUUGGUACAGCUAUGACGAGUUCAAGAGGAAUACAAAGGUCGAGAAGCUGCCGUCCCCGAGGCAGCUCAAGCUGCUCCACGUAUUUCAGCUGGGAAUCUACUUCAGGCAUGCUGGAGUCCUGGAAAUGGCCACGCAAAGCUUCUACAAAAAGAUCCCCGACCCUGAGAAUGGUGCCAGCACACACUUGGGUUCCACUGCAGAUGAACAGGAGCCUGACUCCGAGAGCAUCGCCGUGUCGUUGAACCACGAUCUGAGCAUGUUACGGAUCAUAGAGACAUUUUCAGAGAGCGCCCCGCAGCUCACGCUCAUGCUCACCAUCUUUCUGCAGAGUGGUCAUCUGGAUCUUGUGACAGUGUUGAAGGCCGUCGGCUCGGCCUCGGCUAUCGCCUUCACCGUGACGACCUACCAUCGCUCACUGCGCUCCUUCCUGCCUGACAAGGAGAAGCAGCAAAUAACCUCAUCAGUCAUUUACUUCAUCUGGAACCUGGUUCUCAUCUCUUCUCGUCUCACUGCUCUCGCUCUUUUCGCCUCCGUGCUGCCCUGCUUCAUCUUCGCCCACUUCAUCUGCUCUUGGCUGGUUUUAUUCUUCUUCGCUUGGCAAUCCAAGACGGACUUCAUGGAAAGUCCUUGUGGAGAAUGGCUUUAUCGAGCCACUGUUGGCCUCAUUUGGUAUUUCGACUGGUUUAAUGUGGCCGAGGGGAAGACGCGGUACAGGACUGCGCUCUAUCACGGGUAUAUACUAACUGAUAUUUGCAUCCUCUGUGCUGUGUGGUGCUGGAAGAUGAGCACAGAUCCUCCUGAUUUUGUGAUAGAGCCCAUGCACGCUUUAAUCACAGCUGCCUGUGUUGUUGCAGUUUACGUCCUCGGUCUAAUACUUAAACUUAUUUAUUAUAAGUUCUUCCAUCCAAACCUUGACAAAGAUGAGCUGAACGGGGUCACCACAGAGCAGCAACCUGUAGAUGAGGUGGACUUCCGCAUGAUGAGAUCUACAACAGAAGUCUCAGCACACUACAAUAAAAGAAUGAGGAAGCUGGCCAAGAAUUUCUACUCAUGACCUGCAUCAUUUGACAUUCACAGGAUGCGGAGGCUACAAAGAGACUGAGUCAUGCAGAUGUCAUAAAACCAGCAACUUUUUAAAGCUACAUCAUAAAGGCUGUGUGAUAUUGUGGAUCACCUGCUUCCUAAUCAACCACUGAUACAUUCUCACAAGGCAUUACUCAACUUAGUUUGGAGACGGAUUCUUAAAAGCACUUUCUGCUCUUCAUUAAGUGGUGCUACCGUCUAACAAAGCAUUUCUAGACAGCAGUCAUUUGUUUUCCUUUAAAAGGACAGGCUUUAAAGUCAAUAACAUGCGUGUUUGAAACAGUUA